AAAACAAACACAUGCAGCAAAAGAUGGCAGCUUCUAACUAUCACAAACUCCCAAUCUUGUUUGCUUUCUUGGUAGCUCUCAUCACCAGAAACGUGAAUGCAGAUCUGAUAGACACUGUUUGUGCUAAAACACAGCAUCCUCCCAUCUGUCAGAAAGCCUUAAGAUCAGACCCUCGUUCCAAGAACGCCGACCUUAAGGGAUUAGGGUUCAUCUCCAUUGAUAUCACAACAGAUAAAGCCAAAUCUGGGAAGACCCUCGUUCAGUCCCUUAUGGGAAAGUCCACUGACCCGAAGGAGAAGUCGGCGCUGUCUUCUUGCUUGGAAAACUAUGGGGACUCCAUUGAUACGCUCGGGGAGUGCCCGGAUUUGCUGAAGUCUGGAGAUUAUAACGGAGUGAAUGUGAAAGCUUCUUCUGCUCUGGAUGAUAUUGGGACUUGUGAUGAUGGGUUUGAGGAUCUUGGUAAGCCUGAGCCUGCUCAGCUCAAAGAUGCCAGCUUUAAUGCGCAAGCCGUCUGCGAAAUCAUUUUGGUUAUUAGCAAUCUUUUGUAGGGAGCUGGGAAUGUAUGGAUGUUAUGGAUUAUGAUGUUAAUCUAAAUCACUAGAUGAGAAUGUAAUUUCAGCAAGAAUGCAAUUUUAGCUACAUACAUUGCUCUUAUUGUUGGUUGAAGAAUUAUUUAUAAACACGAUACCUCCAUUCAAGUA